UGAGCUACGGAGAACCCUGAGCGCGGUGCGCGGAGGCGGCGCCGGGGUUGGCAAGGCAGGUGCUGCGGCCCGAUCCUCGCGCUUGGAGGGCAGAUGUGCCCAGGCGUCGGGGCGCGCGGACCAGAGCUCAGGUGAAGCUCUUGGAAAGGGCGAGACGGCGGCGACGAGAUGCGAGCGGAGGAGACCUGCGCGCCCGGCGCCCCCAGUGCUCCGGGGACCCGGCGCAAGCCCGGCCCCGAGCCACGCCUGUCCAGCCAGCUGCUGCCCGAGCUGUACACGUUCGUGGCGCGCGUGCUGUUCUACCUGGCGCCCGUCUACCUAGCCGGCUACCUGGGGCUCAGCAUAACCUGGCUGCUGCUUGGCACCCUGCUGUGGAUGUGGUGGCGCAGGAACCGCCGCGGGAAGCUCGGGCGCCUGGCGGCCGCCUUCGAAUUCCUGAACAACGAACGCCAGUUCAUCAGCCGCGAGCUGCUGGGCCAGCACCUGCCGGCCUGGAUCCACUUCCCGGACGUGGAGCGGGUCGAGUGGGCCAACAAGAUCAUCUCCCAGACCUGGCCCUACCUAAGCAUGAUCAUGGAAAACAAGUUCCGGGAGAAACUCGAGCCCAAGAUCCGGGAGAAGAGCGCCCACCUGAGGACCUUCACCUUCACUAAGCUCUACUUCGGACAGAAGUGCCCCAGGGUCAACGGCAUCAAGGCGCACGCCAGCAAGCACAACCGAAGACAGGUGGUUCUGGACCUGCAGAUAUGCUACGUCGGGGACUGUGAGAUCAGCGUGGAGCUGCAGAAGAUCCAGGCUGGUGUGAACGGGAUCCAGUUGCAGGGCACACUGCGGGUGAUCCUGGAGCCCCUCCUGGUGGACAAGCCCUUUGUGGGGGCCGUGACCAUGUUUUUCCUUCAAAAGCCGCACCUGCAGAUCAACUGGACAGGCCUGACCAACCUGCUGGAUGCGCCUGGAAUCAAUGAGGUGUCGGACAGCCUGCUGGAGGACCUCAUCGCUGCCCACCUGGUGCUGCCCAACCGCGUGACUGUGCCCGUGAAGAAGGGGCUAGACCUGACCAACCUGCGCUUCCCUCUGCCCUGUGGAGUGAUCCGAGUCCACUUGCUGGAGGCGGAGAAGCUGGCCCAGAAGGACAACUUCCUGGGCAUCCGAGGCAAGUCAGACCCCUAUGCGAAGGUGAGCAUUGGCCUGCAGCAUUUCCGGAGCAAGACCAUCUACAAGAACCUGAACCCCACCUGGAACGAAGUGUUUGAGUUCAUAGUGUAUGAAGUCCCUGGGCAAGACCUGGAGGUGGACCUGUAUGAUGAGGAUCCUGACAGGGACGAUUUCCUGGGCAGCCUGCAAAUCUGCCUCGGGGACGUCAUGACAAACAGAGUGGUGGAUGAGUGGUUUGUCUUGAAUGACACAACCAGCGGGCUGCUGCACCUGCGGCUGGAGUGGCUUUCACUGAUCGCUGACCCAGAAGCUCUGACUGAUGACCAUGGUGGCCUUUCCACUGCCAUCCUUGUGGUCUUCUUGGAGAGCGCUUGCAACCUGCCGAGAAAUCCUUUUGACUACCUGAACGGCGAAUAUCGAGCCAAAAAACUCUCCAGGUUUGCCAAGAAUAAGGUCAGCAGAGACCCUUCUUCCUACGUCAAGCUAUCCGUAGGCAAGGAGACACACAUGAGCAAGACCUGUCCCCGCAGCAAGGAUCCUGUGUGGAGCCAGGUGUUCUCCUUCUUUGUGCAUAACGUGGCAGCUGAGCAGCUGCAUCUGAAGGUGCUUGAUGAUGACCAGGAGUGUGCUCUGGGAGUGCUGGAGGUCCCCCUGUGUGAGAUUCUCCCCUAUGCAGACCUUACCCUCGAGCAGCGCUUUCAGCUGGACCAUUCAGGCCUGGAAAGCCUCAUCUCCAUGAGGCUGGUGCUUCGGUUCCUGCGUGUGGAAGAACGAGAGCUGGGGAGCCCAUACACAGGACAUGAAGCCCUAAAGAAAGGCCCUCUGUUCAUUAAGAAGGUGGCCACCAACCAGGGUCCCAAAGCCCCACCUCAGGGAGAGGGCCCUACAGAUCUGCCAUGCCCCCCAGACCCUGCUUCUGAUAUCAAGGAAGCCUCCAAGAGCACCACGACAACCACCAGUGCCACCACUGCUGCCACUGAGCCCAUGCCCCAAGAGACAGGCCCAGAGCCCAAAGGCAAGGACAGUGCCAAAGGGUUCUGUGAGCCCAUGGGGGAGAAGAGUUCGGCUACCAGCUUCCUGACUGUCCCAGGCUCCCACUCUCCAGGGCCCAUCAAGUCACCUAGACCCAUGAAAUGCCCUGCCUCCCUAUUCGCAUGGCCACCCAAGAGGCUGGCUCCCAGCAUGUCCUCGCUCAACUCCCUGGCCUCCUCCUGCUUUGACCUGACAGAUAUCAGCCUCAACACUGAAGGCGAGGGUCUCAGGCGGCAGGGGCUGGGCGAGAUUCAGCUCACAGUGCGCUACGUGUGUCUGCGGCACUGCCUCAGUGUGCUAAUCAACGGCUGCAGAAACCUGACACGCUGUACCGUCAGUGGAGCUGAUCCCUACGUCCGUGUCUACUUGUUGCCAGAAAGGAGGUGGGCAAGUCGUAAGAAGACUUCAGUGAAACGGAGGACCUUGGAACCCCUGUUUGAUGAGACAUUUGAAUUUUUUGUUCCCAUGGAAGAAGUAAAGAAGAGGUCACUAGAUGUGGCAGUGAAGAACAGUAGGCCACUUGGCUCACACAGAAGGAAGGAGCUAGGAAAAGUACUGAUUGACUUAUCAAAAGAAGAUCUGAUUAAGGGCUUCUCACAAUGGUAUGAGCUGACUCCAGAUGGACAGCCCAGAAGUUGAUGAUGAGCACCAUUAUCACCGUUAGACUAAAAUCUUGUACAUAUGUAUAUUUUGUAAUUUAAAUUAGAACAGCUAUUUGAAAAUAUAUACAUACAUUCUUGUGUGAAAUUUAACUAAGACUGGAUAGUAUUAGGAAGAGGUAAACAUGUAAAAGCAAGAACCACUCUCUCGGUUGGAUUUAAUUGUUCAAAUCCAGAAAGAAAUGGGGUAUUCAUGCCUAAUAAAUUAUCAAAACCUCAGGGGUGAUUUUUCACUUUUGGUAGGUAAUUACAGACCAUUUGACUUAGGACUUGCCUGAAUGUAUGUGUCAGAAUCCUCGUGUCUCAGACAUAGAGGGUAAGGGAGGUCUGUUCCUGGAGCAGCUACCAGUAUUCCUGGGCAGUAACUGACCAAGGGAGGAGGCUUCUUUUAUGGGAGUAAAAAGUGACCCAUACCAAAAGUGCCAAGAGCUGACACUACCUAAGCCCUUCUGCUGCCCCUCUGGUACUUCUCUGCCUAGAGAUUUGUUCCUGUAUCUAAUUUAGAACUAAAAUGUACUUUUCUGAUGGCAACAAUGUUACAGUGAUAUACCUAAAACCUAGAGUUAAAAUCUCCACUGGAGAUUUUAACUGUGAGAUGGCCUGGGACCAAACUCUCAGCAUGUGGCAUGAUUUCCAUAGGAAAAUGCAAGCCGAGUUCCAAACCCAGGCCCAUGUCUGCACUCCUAGAGCAGAGCGCUGGAGACUGCUGCAGAGUGCCAGGGAGGAAAAGGGGCUUUUCAUUUUCUCUUAGACAGGUUUGGGAAUUCUCCACUUCACUUCUCUAAGAGACGUCUGGUUCACCUAAAUAACAUGUUAAAAGCAAAAUAUGUAAAUUGUAUGUUUAAACAAGUGCCUCUUUUGCAUUUGGAACUUUAUAAAACCAAAUACUCUUGUCUUCUCUGAAGUUCCUAAACCUACUGUUGAGGUGACAUCCUCUUUUUCCACUCAAGCCACCCCCCCAUGCCAUCAGUUUCCUCUCCCCACCACAGCCUUUACUGCCAAAUUUCUGAAAAAUGGUGACAUCUUAAAAUUCUUGUCAUGUUACUCUCACUUAUAAACUACCUAUGAUUUCUUGUUUUCUGCAAGAUUAAAACCCACGCCUCAAUUUGUUUUUUAGACCUAACAUAAUUUGGUCUCCAGUUUUUUGCUACUUUAUUCAUGUGCAGAUGCUCUAUUCCACAAUAAUCCAAAUGUUAUAUCCUGCCUACUCAAAUCCUACUCGCCUCUUAAAGGCCUAUUUUAAACCCACCUCCUCCAUGAAGCCAGUCCACACAGAAAUGGCCUCUCCUCACCACCUAUAGCAUUUACUGUCAAUACUGUGCAUUUUUCACUUUAACAAUUCCCUGCCUUGUAACAUUUAAUUUUAAAAAAGGUUUAUCAGGUAUCUACUAAGGUCACAUGCUAAGCAAUUACUUCUGUUGUGUCUGACAUUUAAUGUUUGUUUACUCUCCAAUUGAACUACAAGCUACUUGAAUUGAUUUUCACCCACAUCAUCCAAGACAGCAUAUGCUAAAUACAUGGUAGAUAUGUAAUAAAAUUUGUUUCUGCUGAGAUUUCUAUUUUGAAUGACAAAAUAAGGCAACUGAUGCCUGUCCUGUCUGCCUGACAAUGGCAUUGUAAUGUUCACUA